AUGGAGAAGGUAAUGGCACAAUUUAUGGCCAAGGUGGAUGCUAAAUUUCAAGAACAUAACAUUGCUCUAAAGAACAAUGAGAAUACUAUGCGGAGCAUUGAAAGGACACUUGGUCAAUUGGCAACAUUUAUGUCUAAAAGGCCUCAAGGAUCACUUCCAAGCACCACAGAAAACAACCUGAAAGAGCAAGUGAAGGCCAUUACUUUAAGAAAUGCUUUGGAACAAAUGCCUAGUUAUGUGAAGUUCAUGAAUGAAAUUCUAUCAAACAAGAGGAAAUUAGGAGAGUAUGAGACCGUGAUGUUGACUGAAGAGUGCACUUCCAUUUUGCAAAAUAAGUUGCCACCAAAGCUUAAAGAUCCAGGGAGUUUUAUUAUUCCUUGCACCAUUGGAAACUCUUAUUUCGUAAAAGUUUGUGUGAUUAGGGCUAAUGUCCAGACUUGUUUGAAUAUACAGCAUCUACUUGGCAUUUAUGAAAGGGCAUCUGGUCAGAAAGUCAAUACAGAGAAGACCUCAAUGAUUUUUAGCAAGAAUGUGAAUCAAGGUACCCAGCAGGAGAUCAUGGACUUAUGGGGAGCUCAACAUUUUCAACAAUAUGACAAAUAUCUUGGCUUACCACCUAUAGUUGGAAGAGGGAAGAAGCAAGCUUUCUCUAAUCUCAAACAUAAAAUUUGGCAGAAAUUGAAAGGAUGGAAAGAGAAGUUAUUAUCUCAAGGUGGUAAGGAAGUGCUGUUAAAGGCUGUUGUCAUGGCCAUUCCUACCUAUACCAUGAGUUGUUUCAAGUUGCCAGCUACUCUUUGUAGUGAGUUGGAACAAUUAAUGGCAAACUUUUGGUGGGGUCAGAAGCAGGAGGAACAGAAAAUCAGAUGGGUAGGAUGGAAGAAAAUGUGCAAGAGAAAGGUGUUAGGAGGGCUGGGUUUUAAAGAUCUGAAAAUUUUCAACCAAGCUCUUCUUGCAAAACAAGCAUGGAGGAUCAUGACAGAGGAGGAUACACUUCUGCAUAAGUUAUAUAAAGCUAGAUAUUUCCCCUCCUCACAUUUUAAUAAUUCAAGCUUGGGUUCUAACCCUUCAUACGCUUGGAGGGGUAUAUGGGAAUCAAAAGAUGAUAUGUUGAGGGGCUGCAGAUGGAGAGUUGGGGAUGGUAAGUCAAUAAAGGUUUGGAAAGAUUAUUGGAUACCUGGUUAUAGAAUGUUGCUUCAUUCGACACAAGCAAAUAUUGAUGAAACACUUAUGGUUGAAGACCUUAUUGAUGAAAACACAAGAGGGUGGGAUAUAGGAAAAGUUAGAAGGCUGUUACCACCUGCUGAAGCAGAAUCUGUGUUGAAAAUCUUGAUCAGUAAUGAUGUAAGGUCUGAUUGCAUUAUAUGGGACAAUGAGAAGAAUGGAGUGUUUAGUGUAAAGAGUGCAUAUGACUUCUUUCAAGACAUAAACAGACAAGAAGGGGAGUGUUCAAAUGCUAGUGAUUAUACUAGGUUCUGGACAAAGUUUUGGAAGCUGAAGCUGCCCAACAAAAUAAAGAUCUUUGCUUGGAGAACUUGCAAGAAUGGUCUCCCAACCCGUGCCAAUCUUAAGAAGAGGUUUGUUAUUAUUGAAGAUCAGUGUGUAUGGUGUAGUAAUGAGGAAGAUGUAGGGCAUGCAUUAUGUUAUUGUCCAAUGAUAAUUCAGUCAUGGCAUAAGCAUUUCCCAGGUUUAUUAAAUACUGAAGUGCAGAAGGAGAUCAUACAGCUUGCAAUGGAGGAGAAACCAGCAGAAUAUAAAGAGGUUAGAGAAGUGAGGCAUCCGAGAAAGGUUAAAUACUCUUGUUGGCAGCCUCCACCUUCAGCUGUUUUGAAGCUCAAUGUGGAUGGAGCUAUUUUUGAGGAUCAAGAUCGUGCUGGUGUGGGAAUGCUGUUGAGGAAUGAUAGAGGAGUGGUCCUGUUUUCAGCAAGCAAGAAGGAAAAUGGGGUGACAGAUCCUAUGGAGGUAGAGUUGCUAGCAAUAUUGAGAGGUUUACAACUAUGCAUUCCAAUGGGCAUUCCAGAUUUGCUUAUUGAAAGUGACUCUUCAAUGUUGGUAGAAGAGUUAAACAAUAGUUUGGAGUCAAGGUCAGCGUGGGGUAAUGUAGUUCAUGAAGUGAAAGAGUUGAUGAAGAGAAUACCAAGAUGUUCAAUUCAAUACAAGGGGCGCAUGGCAAAUGAGGCAGCUCACAACUUAGCUAGAUAUGCUAAGCAUCUAGAAGAUUUGAUAGUUUGGUGGGAUUCUUUUCCUGAAUGUAUCUCUCAAAUUAUUUGGUCUGAAGCUAUGAUGUAA